CAGCAGAAUUAAAAAAAAACCAACCAACCAACAGACACAAGCAGAGUUAUAACGCAACGAAGCAGUGAACACAACAAUAACAACAACAAAAGGUAGCUGCUCUACCUUUCGGCUGUACCUUUGUCGACGUCGUCAGUUGCUUAGCUCUGCGAAUCGACAGCCAGACACUCUGAAAAAAUAGACAGUUCCCCGAUUGCGAUUUCUUCACACGCACUUCACAUUUUUCAGUCAUUCUGCAAACGCGCUUGCUGUCUGAUUGCUUCUAUAUUUUAGCCGACGCCGGCAAUUUAAAUUUCUGCAAUACAUUGAUAUAAAGAACAACAAUAAUAUAAAUAAAUUAUAAAAAUUAAAAAUAAUAAGCACGCUAUUCAAAGCGCCAGUAAAAACACAUCACAUGCGAAAUCUGCCAUCGCCGUAGUCGUCGUCGUGUGCGUGUGGGAGUGUGUUGUAUGUGUGUGUGUGUGUGUGUUUUUGUACGUGUACGUGCGUGUCUGUGCCUGUGUUUGCGAGAGUGAUUGACCCAUUUAGCAAGUAAAAUUCUGCUACGUCGAAUUUUGACUCCUUGCCUACAAUGAGCAGCAUCACGUUUUUAUGCAGUAAGACGAAUAAUAAUAAUAACAACAACAAGAAUAGCAGCAAAGAUGUCGCUACUAAUGGAAUUUCAGCCUCAUCAUCUUCACCAGUAUUUGCUUCUGCCGGCUUAUUAACACAAACAACAACAGCAUCAGCAGCACACCACCAACAACAACAACACCAGCUACAGCUGCACAACCAGUUGAAGAAGACGAAGGUGAAGGCUGCAGCGAAAAGCAACGGUCACAGUCACAUCGACGAUCGGUCGGAUGCAACAGAACCGAUAUUUAUUGAUGCCACCGCAACGGGUGGAGAGCUCAACUGCUGUCCGGCAUCACCGACAACGGUGCCGGCGAAAUCGUCACUGGAAUCGCCGAUGCGAAGAUCGGCACGAAGACAACGCACCACAUCCAUUGGCAAUCAAACGACCACAGCCAAUCCAUCCGAAUGCAUAAUACGGGCCAAUAAUCGCACUAUCUAUACAGCCGGAAGACCGCCAUGGUACAAUUGUGCCGGACAGCAGGUUGAACCCUUUGUCAUAGGCAUUUGCGGUGGCAGCGCAUCCGGCAAGACGACCGUCGCUGAAAAGAUCAUCGAGAGCCUCGAUGUGCCAUGGGUGACCCUAUUGUCCAUGGACUGCUUCUAUAAAAUCCUAAAUGGGAAGCAGCAUGAACAGGCACUCAUCAACGAAUACAACUUUGAUCAUCCAGAUGCUUUCGAUAUCGAGCUGCUUAUCGAUGUCCUUACCAAACUGAAGGAGGGCCGCAAGGUUGAAGUGCCAGUUUAUAAUUUUGUGACGCACGGUCGCGAAAGCCAGACGAAAACCAUGUACGGUGCCAAUGUCAUCAUAUUCGAGGGCAUACUCACAUUUCACAGUCCCGAGGUGCUGAAGCUGCUCGACAUGAAGAUAUUUGUAGACACAGAUCCGGAUAUCCGUCUGGCAAGAAGGCUCAAACGUGAUAUCUCGCAGCGAGGACGCGACCUGAAAGGCGUGCUGAAGCAAUACCUGAAUAUGGUGAAGCCCUCAUAUGCUAAUUAUAUAGCGCCAACAAUGGCGCAUGCGGACAUAAUCGUGCCACGAGGUGGCGAGAAUACAGUGGCCAUUGCCCUGAUAGUGCAACACGUCCACACCCAACUCCAACUUCGCGGCUUCAAGCUUCGCGAAACGUUGGCAAAUUCGUACAAGGAUCAGCCGAUGCCUGAUUCAUUGCAUUUACUGCAUCCGACGCCACAGAUCAAGGGUCUGCACACAUUUAUACGCUGCAAGAAUACGUCGCGGGAUGAGUUCAUCUUCUAUUCGAAGCGUCUCAUCCGACUGGUGAUUGAGUAUGCGUUGAGUCUGUUCCCCUUCAAGACGACGCGUGUGGAGACGCCACAGGGCGUCCUCUACGAGGGGAGGCGUAUGGAGUCGCGCAAAAUAUGUGGAGUAUCAAUUCUGCGAGCCGGCGAGACCAUGGAACAAGCCGUCUGUGAUGUCUGUAAGGACAUACGCAUUGGCAAGAUUCUCAUACAGACGAAUCUGAAAACUGGCGAGCCGGAGCUGUACUAUUUGAGGCUGCCCAAAGACAUAAAAGACUUUAAAGUGAUACUUAUGGAUGCCACGGUGGCCACCGGUGCUGCUGCAAUGAUGGCCAUUCGAGUUCUGCUCGAUCACGAUGUGCCCGAGGAGAACAUCAUUCUUGCCUCGCUACUAAUGGCCGAGAUCGGUGUCCAUUCGAUAGCCUAUGCUUUUCCCAGAGUUAAAAUUGUUACUUCUGCUCUGGAUCCGGAGAUAAAUAGCAAGUUCUACGUUAUACCGGGUAUUGGUAACUUUGGCGAUCGCUAUUUUGGCACCGAACCCUCCGACGAGUACUAAGUUUGGGGCCAAUGCUUAAUAUUCCUAGGCUUAAAUAAAUGCAAAUCGUUACUUAAAUUAUCAAUUCAA